ACUUGGUUUUGCAGCUUCCGGCCAACUCAGUAUAGUCUUGAGCAAGCAGGAUACCGUAUCUGUAGGUGUUGAUCGUCCAAGAAGAUGGUGCUUCUAACGAUGAUUGCGCGGGUGGCUGAUGGGCUUCCUUUAGCGGCUUCUAUGCAGGAAGAUGAACAGUCAGGUCGAGAUUUGCAGCAGUAUCAGAGCCAGGCCAAGCAAUUGUUUCGGAAGCUCAAUGAACAGUCUCCUACCAGAUGCACAUUAGAAGCUGGACCAAUGACUUUUCAUUACAUUAUUGAAAAAGGAGUUUGUUAUCUGAUACUAUGUGAAGCUGCUUUCCCCAAAAAAAUGGCUUUUGCAUAUCUGGAAGAUUUGCACUCAGAAUUUGAUGAACAACAUGGAAAAAAGGUGCCAACGGUGUCCAGGCCCUAUUCUUUCAUUGAGUUUGAUACCUAUAUCCAGAAAACCAAGAAACUGUAUAUAGAUAGCCGUGCAAGAAGAAAUCUUGGGUCUAUUAAUACAGAGUUACAAGAUGUACAAAGAAUCAUGGUAGCCAACAUUGAAGAAGUCUUACAACGAGGCGAAACUCUUUCAGCAUUGGAUUCCAAAGCAAAUAAUCUGUCCAGUUUGUCCAAGAAAUACCGCCAGGAUGCGAAAUAUCUGAACAUGCGUUCCACCUAUGCCAAGCUUGCUGCUAUUGCUGUCUUUUUUAUUAUGCUGAUUGUCUAUGUGCGGUUCUGGUGGCUAUAAAAGAUUAAUAGUCCCCUGAGGGAUAUUUAAUAGUAGAAAGCAUAUCACUGUUAAGUAGCUAAUAUCACAGGAUGUAUAUUAGAAUCUGCCUGGAGAUUUCCUUAUAAUGAGAAUUCCUGCUAUUUCCAAAUGUCAGAACUUGCUGGGACUAAUGAUUUUCUUUUGUAGCAGUUAUAUGCUUGGAAGACAAAACAUUUUUCCAGUUAACAGAUAGGAGUAGCCUAAUUUGACCCACCUACUACUAUUCAAAACUAUUGUUAAUAGAUAUACUAAAAUAAGUGCAGCCCUGGUAGGGGAUUCUAAUGGAUAUUCUAGAAUGUGUGAUUCCUGUUUCAAGGGUGGCACAUGUGUGCAUAUGUGUAUAAACAACAUAUACUGAUUUUUUUAGUUUGUCCAAUCAAUGCUAAUUUUAUAUUGUCAAAUGUCUUGACUCGUUACCCUGUUAAUUUAGUAACUGCAUAAAAAUAUUGCUUCACCUGGCUUCUAUACUGGUAAGUGAAAUGGGGAAAUAAUCUGAGUUCACUUCACUGUAUAUAUAUAUAUAAACUGUAGCUGUGUGUGUUCUGACUAAGCUACAGCAGUUACUGUUAAACAUAUUUCUAUAUAACUGCAGAAAUACUUCAGCUCUUAUUUCUGAUUAUGGAUUGUCAUACCAUCUAAACCAAAUUAGAUUUAAUUUUAUUUUGAAGCAUCCAGUUUCAAAAGCAGAAGCUUUUGGAGAAUUCCUCAUGACUAAGUAAGGGAAGAGAAGAAUGGAAGGUCCUCGGCACCAAGAUUUGUUUACUCUGUGGCUUAAUUCAGAUGUGAUCUUUCUCAUUUUACAUUGAGUUGCCAAGUGCCCUCACAAAUAUUGUUUUAAUCUAUAAGAUCAUCGACUACCUGAAUAUCCCUCCUUGCAAACUUACAGUAAAAGACUUCUUCCUGAGAGCUUGAAUAUACUGUAUAUUUUGAAAAAUUAACCCUUCUAUUUCAUAGAAGUUUGUUUUCAACUUCUGUAUCACAAAUGAUAAAUUGCCCGUGCAACAGAUUCUGUAAUGAUACAGCUCUUCACAAGGUAUGCACAUCUAUUUUAGGAAUUGCCUAGUUACAAGCAAAUUCAGUUCCAUGAAUCCAGUAAUGUCAUAGAAAUUCCACGGAAUAAACAAAAUUAACUUCUCCAAUCUGACAAGGCCAAAGAAUUCUAAGCUCCAAAGUUAAGUGUCUCUUGCCAUUCACAUGUCAACAUUGAAAUAAAUGUACAAGUAGUCCUCAACUUACAACCAUUUGUUUAGUGACUGUUCACAGUUACAACAGCAUUGAAAAAAGUGACGUAUAACUGGUUUUCACACUUAACGACCAUUGUAGCGUCUUCAUGGUCAUGUAAUAAAAAUUCGGUUGCUUGGCAACUGGCAUGCAUUUAUUACAGUUACAGUGUCUGGGGUUCAUGUGAUCAUUUGUUUCUGACAAAGUCAGUGGGGGAAGCCAGAUUCACAUAACAAUCACAUGGUUCACCUAACAACUGUAGUGGUUCACUUACCGGUUAUGCAAAAAAAGUCGUAAAACGGGGCACAACUCAUUUAGCUGUUUCGCUUAGUAAUGGAAAUUUUAGGCUCAAUUGUGGUCAUAAGUUGAGGACUACCUUUAUGCUGUAAAU